GAAAUCGUAAAUGAGAACAAACUGUAUCGACAAGUUAUUAGUUUCGGCAGACGUUGUGUCCUUAUUUUAGCUUUUUUCCAUUGUAAAAGCAUUAAUUUCUUCUAAUACUUCUUAGUAAUUAAGUUUAGUGCAUGUACAUUAUUUAAUUAAUGAAAGUACUUAGCACCUGUAUUGAUUUAACCACAAAAGUUGAUACGAAAUUCGGCUAAACUCAACGCAAAUUCGGGCGUCGACCGGUCCAUCCCUCCUACCCGUAAUAACCGUUGCCGUUCUGUCAGUCAGUCGCAAUCGUCAUUUUGUACGUAUCAUCGCCGUGCGCGGUCACGGGUAACGCGGACAGAGGAACAGCGAGGCGAGGUGAUAUUGUAAAGGAUCUCGAGUGUUGUGAGGUGCAGUGUCGGUCGUCGCGACCGUUUAAUGUGGUAUCCAGUGCCGGUUUUAGGUUAUCGGUUGUCGGGCCGCGCGGCGUGAUUGGGCGGCACGAUGGUGGACAUGGAUAGGAAUGAUCCGGAACUCCGGUACCUGUCGGUCGAUCGGAACAGUUUCAAUGACCCCGCGACUCAGGCGGAAUGGACCCAGAAGCGGUUGGUGUGGGUGCCCCACGAGACCCAGGGCUUCGUGGCGGCCGGGAUCAAAGGGGAGCGAGGGGACGAGGUGGAGGUGGAGAUCGCCGAGUCCGGGAAGAGGAUGCUGGUCCCCAUAGACGACAUCCAGAAGAUGAACCCCCCGAAGUUUGAUAAAGUGGAGGACAUGGCCGAGCUGACCUGCCUGAACGAAGCCUCGGUGCUGCACAAUAUCAAGGACAGAUACUACUCUGGACUCAUUUAUACAUAUUCCGGCCUCUUCUGCGUGGUGGUGAACCCGUACAAGAAGCUGCCGAUAUACACGGAGAAGAUCAUGGAGAGGUACAAAGGCAUCAAGAGGCACGAGGUCCCGCCCCAUGUGUUCGCCAUCACAGACACAGCGUACCGUUCCAUGUUACAGGAUCGCGAGGACCAGUCCAUCCUGUGCACGGGCGAAUCGGGCGCGGGCAAGACAGAGAACACGAAGAAGGUCAUCCAGUACUUGGCGUACGUCGCCGCUUCCAAGCCUAAAGGAUCUGGAGCGGGACCGACUCCGCAGUUGAUUAUAGGAGAGUUGGAACAACAGUUGCUGCAGGCUAACCCUAUUUUAGAAGCCUUUGGUAAUGCUAAAACAGUCAAAAACGACAACUCGUCAAGAUUUGGUAAAUUCAUAAGAAUAAACUUCGACGCGUCAGGCUUCAUAGCGGGCGCGAACAUCGAAACGUACUUAUUAGAAAAAUCGAGAGCCAUCAGGCAAGCGAAAGACGAACGGACAUUCCACAUCUUCUACCAACUUCUAGCAGGAGCGACGCCGCAACAAAAAGCGGAGUACAUUCUAGAAGACCCCAAAAGUUACCCCUUUUUGUCAAAUGCCGCGUUACCAGUACCAGGAAUUGAUGAUACGGUCGAAUUCCAAGCGACUAUCAAGUCCAUGAAUAUCAUGGGCAUGAACAUGGAAGACUUCAAUUCCAUCUUCAGAAUAGUGUCGGCGGUUCUCUUGUUCGGAUCCAUGCAGUUCAAGCAGGAGAGGAACUCUGAUCAGGCCACGCUGCCCGAUAACACAGUAGCGCAGAAAAUCGCGCAUUUGUUAGGUCUUUCGGUAACAGAAAUGACGAAAGCUUUCCUAAAACCAAGAAUCAAAGUGGGUCGUGAUUUCGUAACGAAAGCACAGACUAAGGAACAAGUAGAAUUCUCCGUGGAAGCCAUCGGAAAGGCGUGCUACGAGCGCCUCUUCAGAUGGCUGGUCAACAGAAUCAACAGGUCCCUAGACAGAACGAAGAGACAGGGUGCCUCCUUUAUCGGCAUCCUCGAUAUGGCAGGUUUUGAAAUCUUCGACCUGAACUCGUUUGAACAGCUCUGCAUCAACUACACAAACGAAAAGUUGCAGCAACUGUUCAAUCACACGAUGUUCAUUCUCGAGCAGGAAGAGUAUCAGAGGGAAGGAAUCGAGUGGAAAUUUAUUGAUUUCGGACUCGAUCUGCAACCGACCAUCGACCUUAUCGACAAACCCAUGGGUAUCAUGGCGCUCCUGGACGAGGAGUGUUGGUUCCCCAAAGCGACAGACAAGACUUUCGUUGAGAAACUAGUGUCUGCUCACUCCGUCCACCCCAAGUUUAUGAAGACAGAUUUCCGUGGUAUCGCUGACUUCGCGAUCAUCCACUACGCUGGGAAAGUGGAUUACUCAGCAGCACAGUGGCUGAUGAAGAACAUGGACCCUCUCAACGAGAACGUGGUGUCCCUUCUUCAGUCGUCCCAGGAUCCUUUCGUGUGCCACAUUUGGAAGGACGCCGAGAUCGUCGGUAUGGCGCAGCAGGCCAUGACUGACACGCAAUUCGGUGCCAGAACGAGAAAGGGUAUGUUCAGGACCGUGUCACAAUUAUACAAAGAACAGUUGACGAAAUUGAUGGCGACUCUCAGAAACACAAACCCGAACUUCGUGAGGUGUAUUAUUCCAAACCACGAAAAGAAGGCAGGCAAGAUCGAAGCGCCUCUAGUUCUGGAUCAGCUCCGAUGCAAUGGUGUGCUCGAGGGUAUCAGGAUAUGCAGACAAGGUUUCCCCAACCGUAUCCCGUUCCAGGAGUUCAGGCAGCGUUACGAGCUGCUGACGCCGAACAUUAUUCCAAAGGGAUUCAUGGACGGGAAGAAGGCCUGCGAGCAGAUGAUUGAAGCUUUGGAGCUGGAUCACAAUUUGUACCGCGUGGGUCAGUCGAAGAUCUUCUUCAGGGCAGGAGUGUUGGCCCACCUGGAGGAGGAGCGUGACUACAAGAUCACGGACCUGAUCGUGAACUUCCAGGCCUUCUGCCGCGGGUUCCUGGCGCGCCGCAACUACCAGAAGAGGCUGCAACAACUCAACGCCAUCAGAAUUAUCCAGAGGAACUGCGCCGCGUACUUGAAGCUAAGGAAUUGGCAAUGGUGGAGGUUGUAUAUAAAGGUGAAACCUCUCUUGGAAGUGACGAAGCAAGAAGAGAAGUUGACACAGAAGGAGGACGAGUUACGCCAGAUCCGCGACAGGCUUGAGACGCAGGUGAAGCGCUGCGUGGAGUACGAGCAGAAGUAUCAGCAGGCCAACGCCGAGAAGACGCAGCUGGCCGAGCAAUUGCAGGCGGAGCUAGAGUUAUGCGCCGAAGCGGAAGAGAGCCGAGCCCGCGCGGCCGCCCGCAAGCAGGAGCUGGAAGAACUGCUGCACGACCUGGAGGGCCGCAUCGAAGAGGAGGAGGAGCGCUGCAACGCGCUGCACCAGGAGAAGAAGCGGCUGCAGCUCAACAUACAGGACCUAGAAGAACAGCUAGAAGAGGAAGAAGCUGCUCGCCAGAAGUUGCAGCUGGAGCGUGUGCAGUGUGACUCCAAGCUCAAGAAGCUGGAGGAGGACCUCGCGCUCAGCGAAGACACCAACCAGAAGCUGGUCAAGGAGAAGAAGAUUCUAGAAGAAAGAGCCAACGACUUAUCGCAAGCGUUGGCAGAAGAAGAAGAGAAGGCUAAGCACUUGAGCAAACUCAAAGCCAAGCAAGAGUCGGCCAUCGCGGAAUUGGAAGAGAAACUGCUGAAGGACCACCAACUGCGCCAAGAGGUGGACCGCGCCAAGAGGAAGCUGGAGACGGAACUCCAAGAUGUCAAGGAGCAGCUGGCCGAGAGGAAGGCACAGGUUGAGGAGCUGCAGAUUGUGCUCACAAAACGCGAGGAGGAGUUAGCGGCAGCACUAAGCCGAGCCGACGAAGAAGGCGCCGCGCGCGCCGCCGCUCAGAAAGGAGCCCGAGAGGCCGCUGCAGCCCUCGCCGAAGCUCACGAGGACUUGGAAGCCGAGAGAGCUGCCAGAACUAAAGCUGAGAAGCUUAGGAGAGACCUGAAUGAAGAGUUAGAGGCACUCAAGAGCGAGCUGUUGGAUUCUCUUGAUACCACUGCAGCCCAACAAGAGCUCCGAUCAAAGCGGGAGCAAGAGGUAGCGGUCCUCAAACGCAGCCUUGAAGAAGAGGCGGCUUCACAUGAAGCCACGCUGGCCGACCAGCGGCACAAGCACUCGCAAGAGCUCACGCAGCUUAACGAGCAGCACGAGCAGAUCAAGAAGGCUAAGGCUGCGCUGGAGAAGCAAAAGCAAACCCUAGAGGCAGAGAAUGCUGACCUAGCGACCGAGCUGAAGACAGCGGCGGCCGCGCGUGCGGACGCCGAGCGCCGUCGCAAGCAAGUUGAGGCGCAACUGCAAGAGUUGGGAGCCAAACUACAGGAGGUGGACCGUGCCAGAGCGGAGGUAGCGGAGAAGUGCGUCCGUCUGCAGAGCGAGGCGGAGACGGCGCUGCAGCAGCUGGAAGCGGCCGAGUUGAAGGCCUCCGCUGCCGCCAAGCAAGCCGCCACCAUCGGCGCACAGCACAGCGAGGCGCAGGCGCUGCUGGAGGAAGAAACAAAGCAGAAGCUCUCGCUUCAAACGCGUCUUCGCAACGUGGAGGCGCAGCUGGAGCAGGCGCGCGACUCGCUCGACGAGGAGGACGAGGCCAAGCGCAACCUCGAGAAGCAGGUGGCCGCCCUAACCCAGCAGUUGGCCGACGCGAAGAAGAAAGCAGAGGAAGAGGCAGAAGCGGCGGCCGCCAUCGAAGAACAGCGCAAGAAGCUGGCCAAGGACGCCGAGGCGCUGCACAGGCAGAUCGACGAGCUGCAGCAGGCCAACGACAAGCUGGACAAGAGCAAAAAGAAGAUUCAGGCGGAGCUGGAAGACACAAACAUCGAGCUGGAAGCGCAGCGCGCUAAAGUGCUUGAGUUGGAAAAGAAACAGAAGAGCUUUGAUAAGGUGGUGGCGGAGGAGCGUGCAGUAGCGGAGAGGUACGCAGCGGAGCGCGACCAAGCGGAGCGCGAGGCGCGUGACAAAGAGACUCGCGUGUUGUCGCUUACGCGCGAGCUCGACGAUGCCGCUGAGAAGAUCGAAGAGCUAGAACGGACGAAACGCCUGCUCCAAUCCGAGCUAGAUGAGCUCGCGAAUACUCAAGGCACGGCCGAUAAGAACGUUCACGAGCUGGAGAAAGCCAAGCGCGCGCUUGAAUCCGCCCUGGCCGAGUUGCGAGCGCAGAACGAGGAGAUCGAAGACGACCUACAGCUGACAGAAGACGCCAAGCUACGCCUCGAGGUCAACAUGCAGGCCAUGCGAGCGCAGUUCGAGCGCGACCUGCAGGCCAAAGAGGAACAGGGCGAGGAGAAACGCCGCGGCAUCGUGAAGCAACUACGCGACUUGGAGGCCGAAUUAGAAGAGGAGCGCAAACAGCGCGCCGCCGCCCUGGCGCAACGCAAGAAGCUUGACGCAGACCUCAAGGAUGCUACACAAGCAUUGCACAUGGCUAAUAAAGUCAAAGAGGACGCGACGAAACAAGUGAAGAAGCUCCAACAGCAGCUCAAAGAAGCCGCCCGGGAAGCGGAAGAAGCCCGAGCGGGCAAGGAAGAGGCCGCGGCUGGAGCCCGCGAGGCCGAGCGCCGAGUCAAGGCGCUGGAAGCCGAGGCGCUCCAGCACAGCGAGGAGCUGGGCGCCGCCGAGCGCGCGCGCCGACAGGCCGAGGCCGAGCGCGACGACUUGCUGGACGAGCUCACCAACCACGCGGCCAAGACCACACUUCUCGUAGACGAAAAGAAGCGCUUGGAAGCGCGGAUAGCGGCCCUCGAAGAAGACCUGGACGAGGAGCAGUCUAAUAACGAGAUCCUCAACGACAGGCUUAGGAAGUCACAGGUAAGCUAA